UUGUAUUUACCAGUCAUGACUGAAUAUAGCUCUAGACUGUUGAUUUGGUUGUAUUUACCAGUCAUGACUGAAUGUAGCUCUAGAAUGUUGAUUUGGUUGUAUUUACCAGUCAUGACUGAAUAUAGCUCUAGAAUGUUGAUUUGGUUGUAUUUACCAGUCAUGACUGAAUGUAGCUCUAGAAUGUUGAUUUGGUUGUAUUUACCAGUCAUGUCUGAAUAUAGCUCUAGAAUGUUGAUUUGGUUGUAUGUACCAGUCAUCUCUGAAUAUAGCUCUAGAAUGUUGAUUUGGUUGUAUUUACCAGUCAUGACUGAAUAUAGCUCUAGAAUGUUGAUUUGGUUGUAUUUACCAGUCAUGUCUGAAUAUAGCUCUAGAAUGUUGAUUUGGUUGUAUUUACCAGUCAUCUCUAGAAUGUUGAUUUGGUUGUAUUUACCAGUCAUGUCUGAAUAUAGCUCUAGAAUGUUGAUUUGGUUGUAUUUACCAGUCAUCUCUGAAUAUAGCUCUAGAAUGUUGAUUUGGUUGUAUUUACCAGUCAUGUCUGAAUAUAGCUCUAGACUGUUGAUUUGGUUGUAUUUACCAGUCAUCUCUGAAUAUAGCUCUAGAAUGUUGAUUUGGUUAUAUUUACCAGUCAUGUCUGAAUAG